AAAACACAUAACACAUGCAUAUAUUCGAGCAGAGGUAGGCGGAAGCACGCGGUAUCCUGAAAACUAAUUACAAAAUAAUAAGAAAAUAUCAUUACUAUUGGAUUCUAAGCAUUGCUGACUUAACACUUAGGGCAGGUAAAUGUCCAUCAGAAAUGGGGUUACAUAUAACGAUACUUGCAAUAUUCCUAGCCGUAGCGAUGCAUCGAAAUCAAGGAAUCACUGAAGACGAAAUAGUUACUACCAGAGCCAAACGUGAAAUGACGACAAUGACUGGUCAAUCAGAAAGUACAGAUGAAAGAGAUAGCACGCCUGAUUAUGGAGAUGUCACGACUAAAUCUACAAGUGCAAGUGCAACAACUGUUCGAGGUGUCACGCAAGUACUCAAUACGAACAGCUCGUCACUUGUGGAUAUGCAAGAUAGAACUCUUACGACUGUAACAGACUUUGGACAAAACACAUCUAACUCAAACAUAAGUGGGGGUGAUUUUACCACUCAAAGUAGUUCAGCCACGAAUGUUUCGAGAACUGAUGGAGUUCAAUCCAGCACUCGGGUGAUGGGAGACGCGUCAAAUGUGACGUCGACGAUACCACCAACGUUCUUUCCAUUAGAAGUUAGAUUUCGUCAAUGUUAUGUGAGGAAAAAUAGUUACAGCGUUGAUGUUAGAGCGUUAUGCUGCACAUAUGAGGCUCAUGGAUAUGACAUGGACAGCUUAAAAUUGAGUGAAAACAAUUUGGCAUAUGUGGUUGUUGAAUUUUGGUUUAGUUUGUUCUUAUGCCUUUUUGGAUUGGGUGGCAACAUUAUUUCUUUUAUGGUAUUGUCAAAAGAAAGAACAAACACAAGCAUGUUUUUCCUUAGAGCUCUUGCAGCAAACGAUGGCAUAUAUUGUCUUUGGUAUAUCUUGUUUACACCUUACAUUAUAGCCUACGACAAAACCAAAUGGAUCAAUUCGGGUUCCAGAAUUUCAGAUAUUGCCCAUUGGAUCCCAUUAAACCAAGGCUAUUUAGGUUUGGUCAACUUCAUUCUUCAAACGAUUUCCAUCUGGUUGGUGGUCUUACUUACCAUUGAUCGUUUCAUUGCCGUGUCGAUGCCCUUACAGGCCAGGCUGUUGUGUACAAUGAAUAAGGCCAGGAUUCAAGUUGGUAUUUUGAUUGUCCUUGUUAUUGGUUUUGCCUUGCCAAAGGCUUUUCAGUUCACUUACUUUUUAAUAGAUAACGUAUGCUUUAAAACACCAGGGACGCGUCUGUUAAAAAUUAAUUUUACCGACUUUGGAAAAACGUAUGGCAUGACUGUUGGAUAUGAUAUUAUAGCAAGUGGUCUCUUGAGGUAUAUCAUCCCAGUGUUUAGUGUUCUUAUCAUGAACAUCCUUUUGAUCAGAAUAUUGGGAAAUGCUUCGGCAAAUCGUUCGGAAUUGGUCAAAGGUGCCCAUGACGGACAACAGGGCCGGGGAAUCACCGUGAUGUUGGUCACAGUUGCGACCACAUACACCUUAUUACUUUUACCACUUGUUGGGAUCAAAAUUUUGAGGUCACUCUUCUUUUUUCAGCUCAACAAAGAGAUAUUUAUUCACGAAAAACUUCGACUUUAUGUAUCCUAUGCUAAUUUGGCCGGUAACCUCUGCCUGCGUCUAAACUCUUCAAUCAAUUUUCUCCUUUACAUUGUUGUAAGCCGGAAGUUUAGGAAGGGAAUUGUAGCUUUAUUUAGAUGCGACAGAGUUACUGUAAAAGACACAAGCUUUUCUAAUGCAACUCAAGCAUCAAGGGCAAGUAUUGUGUAUAAAUAACAAUAUACAUGGACAUGGACCUUUUAAAUGUUUGGUAUGACUUUUGACAGUUUGAGGUAUGGCAAUGGUCACUUGGAUUUUGGAUUUUCCACUUUCUGGCAUGAAAAAGGAAGUUAUCUCACGCUUGUGGCAUUGCAUUAGUCUAGUCAUAUAUGUUCUCAAUUUGAAAUUGUUUCGAAUCGUUUCUGCAAAGAUCUGCCUUCUUCAAAGUUUGAAUAUAAUGAGCUUUCCCCCAGGAGUUGAACAUUUGGUCUUAUUUAAAUGCCAACAACAUUAAACUUUGUUGCUAUGGGAACGUAUUGGGUGUGUUGUAACUCAUACCUUUGACAGAAGAUUGUUGUAUGAAACUUUGGAAACAAGGUCAACUUAAUUUAAAUAGACGUACCUACGUUCGGAGCCAGUUGAUAAAGGAUCUAAUGCACUCUCCGUUAUGAUUUCCCCAUGAAGAAAAUUUAAUUCAUAUGAUUUUUCAAAAUGAACAUACUGCUUCUAUUAUUACAUUUAUAUGUGCAUUAUUUGUUGACCUAUAUUCAGCACUUGAAAAAUUAGGGUCAAUAUUCAAUCAGGAAGUGUUAGGGGCGUAAAUGCUAAAUCAGCUAAACUUUUUAUGUCUGUCAAAAUCCAUUUACAUCCUACGCAUCCUUACUUUCCCAAAUAUGUUAUUAAUUAAUGAAAUAUUAUAGUAUU